GUUGGGGAUGCAGGCUGGCAAUGCCAAGACCGGAAGGCCAGCGCUGCCUUGUUAUUGCUUCCCGGCAGAACACCAUCAGCCGCACACGAUCAGGAUCCAUUCUCCAUUCUUUCCCGUCACCUCUUCCUGGUGGAUCUAAGGCCACUCAUGGAAAUGCGGACACUUUCUCCAUUUUGGACACCAUAUUUUCCGAGCCAGAGAAGACCUACUUUGUCCUUGACGUGAUGGCAUGGAAUGGAUGCCUUUUAUAUGAUUGCACUGCCGAGUUUCGCACAUUCUGGGCGCAAAGCAAGCUGGCAGAGAUUGCUGGUGGAGAAUCCUGUCAAGGCGGGUUCUCUUUUGUCCCUGUGCCGCUGUUUCCCUGCAACCCAGAGGGCAUGCAAGCCGCCUACUCAGGCAUGGUGCCAUUCCAGCUGCGAGAUGGGCUCCUUUUUCUCAACAAAGAGGCACACUAUGACUUGGGGUCUUCACCACUUGCGCUGCUGUGGAAGGACGUCCACAGCUCCAGGUUUUCCCUGGACACCGAUGCUGCCGGUGUAGUGCCACAGUGGCAGCACGUUGUGCUGCAGUUUUUGGACAAUGGGUGCCUGGGGACUGGCGAUGACCCACCUCUGAUCGUCGGCACAGUGCCACAGGCCCUGUUCUUGAGCAAGCCAGACCAGUUGAGGCAUAGAAGACUCCUGCGAUUCACCAUCAGGGAAGGUGGACUGAACUUGAGGGAGGGAGAACUUGUAGGUGCUGAUCUGCAUUUUGAAGGUCCUGCCAAUCAGCGACGUGGCAGGGCAGAUUUAAGCAGCAAGAUUGUGUUUCAACACCUUGCCCGCAGCAACCCUAUCACCAUCGGUAUGUUGCUGGAGGUAUCUGGUCACGAUGACAGCCACCGGGGUGAGUUGAGACCUUGA